GGAGAAUAGAGACAGACAGAGGGGACCUCCGUGAGACACAGAGGCAAGCAGGCCAGGAUACACACAGCCCUGGGGAAAAGGAGUUGGGAUGGGCAGGCUGCCCACGGGGUCUCGGUCUGUCUGUUCAUCCAUCGGUCUGAGUCUCUCUCCUGCCUAGGAUCUGGAGACGGAGCUGUCUGUCCUCGAACCCUCGGCUACCCUCCCCCUAUCCUGACUGUGCUCUCUACUCCAGCCAGAGGGUCCCCACUAUCACGCAGAUCUGACUAUGACACUCUCUGCUUAAAGUCCUGCACGGUUGGUUCCCCAGUGCCCUCAGCCAAAGCUCCUUAGCCCUCAGUUGAGGGCCCAGCCUUCUAACCCAGCACUCCCUGGGCCCGUCCACUGUUAUGCUCCCUUAGACCCCCCUCCAUCUGGCGGACACCUCCUCCUCAUCACCUCCUCUACAAAGCCUCCUCCCUCUCUCUCCGUGUCUGCUGCUGCUGCUGCUGCUGUGAGGCACUGUCUUUCCCUAACAUUCGAAGAACUGAACCCGCUCUGCCCUGGAAGAGCAGGAAGUUCCCCCAGAGGAGGAGGCAGGGGCCCAUCCUUUGCUGUCCGAGAGAAGGCCCCCAUCUGAGCCCAGCAUGGUCCCAUCGCCCAGCAGAGGGCGGCUCGCCCAGCAUCUGGGGGUGAUGGUUGAGUGGUUGAAUGGAGGAACCACAGGUAGAAGAGAAGGUGUGGGGUGCAGGGCCUCGGGGCCCUGGCGGAGAGUGGUCCCACCCCAGCAGGCGGGAGGGCGGGGCACAGUGGGUGGGCCCCUCCCGGUUUCCUCCUCUGGCUGCUGAAGCCAGACUCAGUCCCGGCUGUGUGCGAGGCAGCAUGGGCAGCCAGAGGAGAGGUGCCAGGAGCCUGCGGGGCAGGGAGGGGGCAGCGCCCACCAAGUGUGUGGCGGACAAGUGCUUUGACCCUCUGGUCCGAAAGUGUGUGGACUGCAGGCUCCUCCGGACGCCAGAACCCGGACCGGCCUCGCCUCCUUCCGACCCUCCCCCUCCCCGGCCGUCCCUGCCCCCUGCCCCCUGCUCUCUCUCCCCGUCCGCUCCGCCAGCAGCCGGGCCUGGCAGCCUGGCGCCGGGGACCGCGCUGCAGCCGCAGGAGUCGGUGGGCGCGGGGGCCGCCGCCGAGACCGAGGCCGAGGCCGCGCUGCCUCUGCCCGCGCUGCUCUUCGGCGCCCCCGCGCUGCUGGGGCUGGCGCUGGCCCUGGUCCUGGUGGGCCUGCUGAGCUGGAGGUGGCGGCGGCGGCGGCGCCUGCGCGCGGCGGCUCCCCCGGGGGACCCGGACCCGCACCCGCACGAGCCCCUGGACGAUGUCAUCAUCCAUCCCCCGAAACCCCUUGAUGCCACAGCUCCCGUCUGGCCUCCACCCAGAGAAGACCCAGCCAACACCCCACCUGCCCACAGCGUCCCUGUGCCAGCCACAGAGCUGGGCUCCACUGAGCUGGUGACCACCAAGACUGCUGGCCCUGAGCAACAGUAGCGACGGAGGGGGCAGGAAGCAACCCCUGUCCUCCCUGUGAGCUGUCAGCCAGGGGCCUGGAGGUUGGAUUCGGCUCUUGACUGCAGUGCCCACCUGCCCCUUUUCUGGGAACCUGGCUGCUCCCCAGCUAACCCUGCAGAACCACAGACUACAGACCUCAGAGUUCAGACGGCAGCGCGUUGUAUGGCAUGUUAGCGUGUGGCUUAAAACCAGACCAUCGCUGGCCGCCGUCGAAGGUGGUGGCUGAGCUCCUGUGCCUUUGUGUGGCUGGGGCACUCUGUGUAGGAGGUUUUUCUUUAAGUGCAGGGAAGCCACCGUAAGCCAGAAUGAAUCUAGGAAAAUGAUUGAGUAGGAGGAUGCUUAAUUUGUAGCUGGGUGUUGUAUUUCUUUAAUACUUGCUCUCGGAGCUGUCCUGCUUUAAAGCUGAUGCAAAUGGCAGCGAUGAGUAACCAACUGAGGGGUUUGCUUCAGGGUUUAAUAGAAGGUGAUUUUGACAAAGA